UAAAAUCCACAAGACAGUAAAAACACCCUGGCUCCCUGGUAGCCUACAUAGUUAGAAGUUAGCAGGCUAAUUUAGCAUAGCAAUCCACAUCUAUGUAAUGGCAGCAAACUUGAAAGACAAGGAAGCCUAUCAAAGACUAAACUUUCUAUAUCAGGCUGCACACUGUGUUUUGUCUCAAACCCCUGAGAAUGUGGAAUUGGCUCGUUUUUACUGCUUCACUCAGAAGACCAUUGCAAAACGUUUGGUGCUGAGACAAGACCCCUCAGUGAAAAGAACAUUAUGUAAGAAGUGCUGCUCUUUGCUGGUCCCAGGAGUAACUGCCACAGCCAGACAGAGAAGGAUUAAGUACAGAAACCGCAUGACUGUGCUGCAGUGUCUCAGCUGUGGACAGAGCAAGAGGUUCCUUAACAAUCCGAAGCAUCGCCUGUGGGUGGACCAGUCUGAGGCCCAGCUGGAGAACCAAUCACAGCCAGAACAAGGUCACUCCACUAAAGAGUUGCAGAAGGAGAAAGCUGAUGGACCCGUAUCUCAGAAAUCCUCUACAGGGCCUUCCUCUACCCAGCACCAGGUGUCUCCAUCAAAGCCCUAAACCUGAGCCCUGUGGCCUCAGUAGCCUAGUCACAACUGGACAUAGCCUCUUUGUGUGGUAUUGACACAUAUUUACAACAAUUUCAUUUUUUACAUUUUUAAUAUGAGCAUAUUUUCUUUUUUUGCUGUGUUUUUUUGCUGGUGUCAACCUAUUAGCAUUACAUCAGUGGUAUUUCGGUAAUGGAUUAUAGUUGUAAUUGGUUGAGGUUGGUAAAAAUGCAAAAAAUAUAUAUAUGGAUUGAG